UUAGAAGUCGCACACGAUGUACGCACAAGGCACGCCUGCCGUGACAUCCCUUGAGAAAGCCAUUUCACAGCUGACGGACUUUUUUUGGCAAUGUUGAACGGAUGUGAAGCCAAAGAGUGUGAGGUGGAGCAUGAGAAGGUGGGCAGAAGAAAGACAAACGUUGAUAUCAAGUAUGCCAUUUCUUCUGUUAGGACUGCUCCGCUGACUCUAUUGAUGAGUUCUGUGUGGCAUCUUGUGUUAAGUCCUGCCCUUCCUCCUUCUCCUUCUCCCUCUGCCCGUCCUCCUCCUGCCCUUCCUCCUUCUCCCUCUGCCCUUCCUCAUUCUCCCUCUGCCCUUCUUCCUUCUUCCUUCUCCCUCUGCCCUUCUUCCUUCUUCCUUCUCCUUCUGCCCUUCCUCCUUCUCCCUCUGCCCUUCCUCCUCCUGCCCUUCCCCCUCCUGCCCUUCCUCCUCCUGCCCUUCCUCCUUCUACCUCUACCCUUCCACCUUCUCAGGACUCUCAGUCUGGAUCCAUUCACCGGUUCUCUUCUUCUCCAGAGACUGCCAAUGUUUGCUUAUCACCCAAUGAUGACGGACUUCUUCGGUAACGUUGAACGGAUGUCAAGCCAAAGAGUGUGAGGUGGGAGCACGAGAAGGAGGGUAGAGGAAGGACAAUCGUUGAUGUCAAGUGUGCCAUUUCUUCUGUUGUCCCACUUGUUCGAAUGCCAUGUCAUGAUUCGAUGUUGC